CGCAAGAUAUAUAUAUCUACCGCAGUUCUCAAGGAUAUUCUUUAUAGCUUGGCACUUAGUCUAGUACCACUUAGUGAGACAUCCCAAACAGGGAUCAUCACACCAUCAAAUGGCCUUAUUUCGUCGUCCCUGAACUAUUAACUCAUGUAAAGCCCUAAAAAGGCCCAUACAUACGCCACACCAUGAACAAUUCAUCAACCGAAACGGCAAGUAUCCAAAUCCCCAUCCAGAGACCAUCACAAACAUGUCGCCCUGGAAUCCCACUCUCGAAAAUGAAGGUAAUUCAAACCUAGACUUCAUUCGAUCAUCACUCUCCUCUAAAACAUGGUUUGGCUUUGACCUCGACGACACACUCCAUGAGUUCCGGAGGGCAUCAGCCCACGCAUCGUCAGCUGUACUUACCGCAGUCUACGAAGAAAAUCCGACUAUAAGCGUCAACGACCUGCUGAUGUCUUGGACAUACCACUCUGAAAGACAGCAGGCGCUUUCGCCGACGGUAGGACUUCGAUCGAGUACCCCAGAGAACGCUUCUCCCUGCUUCUUCAUGGCCGUGGACUGGAAACAUCGACAGAAAGAUUAGACCGUCUCUUGGAGACCUACGAAAGGAAUCUAAAAGGAACCCUAACGCUGAAACCAGGCUCACUCCGACUUCUCCAACGGAUUAAGAGUCUCGGGAAGAUAGUUAUCGUGUAACCGAGGGUCCGCAGGAUGCGCAGCAGUGGACCGUGGAGGAGCUUGGGCUCUUGCCGUAUAUUGAUGUGCUUGUUACUACUAACGAGAUUGGGAUAUCGAAGGUCGACAGGUUGUUUCCUAUCGUGUUGAGGAAGUAUAGUAUUCCCGCAUCGAAAAUUGUGUAUGUUGGGGAUAAUGAGAAACGGGAUGUUGUUCCGGCUCGGGGUGCGGGUAUUCUGGCUGUGUUGUAUGAUGAGAAAGGUGGUUGUGGGUUUGAUGAUACGGCUGCGUUUCGGGUGGAUUCUCUGGAAAAGCUGGAAUAUCUAUUAGGUUAAUUGGUUAGACAGUGG